AUGGCGAGUGCACUGUCCGCCUUCCCCUUCUUGACCGCUGGCGACUUUGAAUGGGCCUGUCGAGACCUGGCCGAUCGAACCUGCGGCUGUGGGGGUUGGUCAUCCGUUCGACUUGUCACAGAGAACGAUACCUAUCUCAGAAUUACUCGAUGCGUGGAUGUCCUGGAUACCAUCGAGGGUCCAGAGUUACGGGAAGCACAGGAGCUGGAAGACGAGGAUCCGGUCUGCAAACCCCCAUCGGUGCACGGCAAGGCUCGCACCUGGACAACAUUCGACGAUGCUCAUUCUUCAUUCUUGACAGGAGGCGCUGUGUUCUCCCCCACAUAUCAAGUCCCCGUCUUGUAUUUCACACUCAGGUGGCAUAACCACCAGGGCCCACUCGGGCUGGAUGCCGUCUAUCAGUAUGUGGUCCCGGAACAGUACAGAAAGGAAUUGAAGGGUGUGGGGGUCAUCGGGGGCAUCAGCUUCGGUUACCAUCCAGCAUCAGGCGCUCCGGCUUUUUUUGUCCACCCGUGCAACACGGCGGAUGCCAUGGCACAGAUUGCAGACGCACGGAGCGUCACUCCUGGAACGUACCUCAUCAUCUGGCUCGGCCUCGUCGGGCAUUGCGUGAACCUGCACGUCCCACGUGAGCUCGUCGCCUCGGACGAUCCCAGCCCAUCCUGA